UUUCGCUCUCGUCGUCAUCUUGCCAGCAGCACAUAAUUCUCGAUUUUUACAACGAGACAGCUUGUAUCACCAGCUCGCAAGCUCAUCUUACACGAAUUUCCUCACUAUGCCAAUCAUCCAAGGAGCUAUCGAUUCAUCUCCCUCCUCCUCGAGAUCGUCGACUCCUGUUUCGGUCGCAAACAGAGAGACACACGAUCGGGCUCGAGAUACGAGUAGUCCUGAGUGUCACCCAACAACAAACCACAGUGUUGCUCAACGUAGAGGGGACCGCGCUGCGUUACCAACCCCAGGACCUACUGUCAAGAGAGCUCGUAGCUCACCUGAUCAAUGCAUCACCUCGCCGACCAAGCGAAGAAGAACAGACAGUCAAGACUACGCCGACUCAGUGGAAACGUUCUCCUUGAACCCACGCCAUGACGAUCCUCAUGGCAAGGACUCGUUCGGCUCUGGUCUUGCGACGAUAAUCGGGAGCUUUGUCUCUCAACAGUUGUCCAGAUAUUGCAAAUAUCUAGAAAAGAUGAUCUCAUCUAUCGAAGAUAAGUUUGAUAAGAGUUUAAGACGGAUAGAUACGGAACUCAAGACUAUCACCACCAAUGUCGCACAGCACGACGAAACACUGAAGGAGUUUACAAAACACAAGCCGCUCGAUGCAAUUGAGUCGAUGCAGGGCCAGUUUCGGGAUCUCAACGAGUCUCAUACCGGGCUCAUGAACGCGCAGAACUCGCUUGGAACGGAAAUGAAGACUCUCAAGCAAAUUGUGCAGGAGAAAGAUGCGAAAAUGACUUCCGAUAUGUGCGACCGUGUCAACGCCCUAGAGAAGGUAGUCGGCACUAACAUUAGUACAACGUGUCCGACCCCAAAUACUCCGAAGACUCCAGGACCUUCUACGUGGGUCAAAGGCAAAUUCACUGGGCUGAUAGAGAAAGUUAAGGUUCUGGAGAGUAAUAUGAGAUGGGCAGGAGAUCACAUCAAAAGGUUUCUAAAUGAGGUAAUCCCCGGCCUGGAAAAGAGUUUAAAGGCACAGAAAACGGAGUAUACGGAUUUGAAUUCUAACCUCAGGGCUGAAUUGGAAGAACGGCUCACGAGUUUGGAGAAGCAACGAGCUCAGGAUCUGGCUGAAAACGAAAAACGGCUCACGAGUUUGGAGAAACAACGCGCUCAGGAUCUGACUGAAAACGAAAAACGGCUCACAAGUUUGGAGAAACAACGCGCUCAGGAUCUGGCUGAAAAAGAAAAACGGCUCACGAGUUUGGAGAAGCAACACGCCGAUGAGAUAGCCAGACUUUCGGCAAACUUGGACAAAGCUAACGACAGCUCUGCCAAGAGCUACGACAGAAUCAAGAAAGACGUGGAUAGUAUCAACAACGUAGUCACGGCCAACAAGACGAUGACAGACGCCAAGAUGACCAAGUUCGAACGCUUGAGCAAAGAAAACGGUGCUCUCGUUACAGAGACAAAGCGCGAAUGCACAACCCAGGUAGCAGGGCUUCGAAGCGACGUAGAAAAACACGUCCAGGAAGCCAUCGCCGUUGAUCGAGAAACCAUAGAGUCCAAGCUGACGGAGCUGGUUGAGGGCGGGAUUCGGAGAUGCAAAUCCAGCUUCAAGGAGGACAUCAAGGAGGACAUCAAAAAGGACAUCAAGGCAACUCAGGCACAUUACGAUUCCACAGACGGCGUGCUUAAAUGGCAGGAACGGCGCAUCACGAAGCUGGAAGAACGCGCGAGUCAACAUCCAGGCACAGAGGUAACAAAUCACCAGGUCGUCGUUCCAAGCUCAAAAUGUUGCACCGUGUCCAAAGAGAUUCCGAGCCUUUGGUCCGCUGUCGACACGCUCAGAGCGGACUUGCAGACAUGCGACAUGGACCGGCGCAACCUGCGUGACCGCGUCGACGAAAUCCAGAAGACCAUCGACGCAAUGGAAGGCGCCAGCGACCUCGACAGACAUAGCGCUGAGCUGAGUGACGAGCUGAAAAGACUCCAAGACAACUGGUCGAGUUUCAAUACGCAGUUCGAGGCGGAGAAUAGGAAGGGCAUCGACGAGUGCCGCCACUCGAUAGAUGGCGUGAAGGCGGCCGUCGAUGAGCAUAAAGAGCGGUGUGUUGAGCAGUUUAAUGGCGUGAAGGCGGCCGUCGAUGAGAAUAAAGAGUGGUGUGUUGAGCAGUUUGAUGGCGUGAAGGCGGCCGUCGCUGGAAACCAAGAGUGGUGUGUUAAGCAGUUUGAGGGUGUUUGGCGUGUGCUUAACGCCCUGGUUGAGCAGCACAAUUCGCUGGCGUUGCUGUAUCAGCAGGAGCGUCAGCAGCAACAGCCUCAUCAGCGACAGGAGCAACAGCAGCCCCAACAGCAGCCUCAACGGCAACAGCCGCAGCGACAAGACCAGCAUCCUCAGCGACGAGACCAGUAUCCUCAACGACAACAACAGCAACAAUACCCCCCUCCAAACACCCAUGCCAGACCUACCCAUCCUCGUCAACACCUCCCGCAAAACGUUCAGCCAACACAAGGACCAGCACAAGCACAAGCACAAGCACAACCACUAGGCCCACCCCGCAGAUCCUACAGAAGCGCGACCCAACGCAAAGAGGUAACGGACGAGGAGCUACUUGAAGCGAUCCGGAAUCCAUCGUGGCGCUGAAUGAUGUGGUUUGGUUUGGGUUGAUGGAAGUAGGGGGUUUGGUGGUGGUGGGGGAAGUCGACAGGAUUUGUUGGAGAGAAGAAGGUUAUUUCCAUUUCUAGGCGUUUGGGGGGUUUGAGUUUUUGAUAUGAACAGAAUAAUCCGGACAACUUUUACGAUCAAACAUCGCGUUCCAAAAACAUGGAUGAAAAGAACGAGAGAGAGUACGAUAGCAUAGCAAAUAACUACGACAACACUUUAUAUUUUACACAACACUCACAUGCUGGAUGGUAGCUGUAUAUACAUAUACAAGUUU